AUGAAGCCCUUCGCACAAAGUUCUCAGAAUGACACAUAUAUGCUUCAGAAUGCCAAUCAGCGUGGAGCUACCAUUGCACCGUAUUCUCACAUCCCCGUUGCCAAUGAUCUGCACAGCAUCCAAUACCAAACGGAGUAUUUCAAUGAAAGCGCUUAUAUUGCGGUGGACAUACGAUUGCUUGAGGCAUUUCGCGGUAUGAACGCUGCAUACUGGGACACUCGGUAUAAUCAAUGGAACGAGUCAAUGCGCGAAGCAUUUUACGACAUAGCUGCUGCCCGCUUGGACAAAGCAUGUAUUGCACUGCUCAAUUUGAUUGACUGGCUGGAAACACAUGCCAAAGAUCUAGGUCAGCAGAUUGAUAUUAUCCUUCACGGUCCAUAUUCCCAAACUCACGAUAUCUGGGGUAUUACAGGUCUCUUUCGAGAUAACGAAUUGACACUUAAAGUGCAUCUACCCCUUUGGAAGACCUUCAAUUACUGUUGGCUUUCAUUGCUCCAAAAGCAGAAGGACUCAGUCAAUGCAACCAUUUGCAGCAAAAUACUGCAGCCAGGAUCUACUCGAUUGUUAGAUGCGUGGUCGUUGGAGGAUCUGGGCUUAGAGUUGAUAAGAUUCUGUGACUGGUUGGCACCACAUGGGUUGGUGGACUACGAAAGAGGAAUGUGGGAAGAGGAAAUUCUUGAUGGUAAGAUCUUCAUCUCUUUGUCGCCGAAGCUCUAA